ACAAAAAAACUCACUCAGGCUGCAGGCGUGAGAAGGAGCUCAAGGGCAUUCAUUCAGACCAACAGAAAUGGAUGACUUGGAACAGGAGGGCAUAAACGAAGAGCUGAUUGAGUUUGCCAUUCGAGAGAGCAUUCAAGAUGCCCACAAGCUGCCAUAUUCACUGCAAACAAACAGGAAAGAAACAAACAGUGACGACUUUAUGAAAAUAAUGGCAGCCAUCCACAAAGGGGAUGUGGAUGCACUACAGGCGCUGUCAGGUUGUGUGUCUGCCUUCAGAGAGAGUGACGGCAGGGGCUGGAUGCCUCUGCACGCAGCAGCUGUGCAGCCGCAGCAAGGCGUCCUGCACGUGGUGCUGCAGGCGUUGACAUCCGCAGAGCUGACGCUGGAGGAGCAGACGGAGGAGGGGGACACGGCCCUGACUCUGGCUGCCGAGGCCGGCCGGGUGGAAAGUGUCAGGAUGCUGCUGCAGCACGGAGCCUCACCACACAACACCAACAGCAGGAAUGAAUCUCCUCUGCUCAUCGCAGUGAGACAGAGCUCAUACGACAUGGUUUUAUCCCUCAUCAUGGGUGGCGCCUUUGUGGAGCAGGUGUGUCUCACUAAAUGGACGGCCACACAUGAAGCCGCAAAGGUGGGCUGUCCGGCUAUUCUCAUGCUGCUGCUUCGACAUGGAGCCAAAGUCACAGCCAGAGACGGACACGGGGUGACACCUCUGGGGAUUGCAGCCGAUCACGGCAACACUGAAGCGUUGGACAUACUCGUACAGCAUGGUGGUGAUGUGAACGCCCAGGCUAGCAACGGAGACACAGUCCUGUAUGAUGCGUCUGGAUCUGGAAACUUGGACUGUGUCAAGCUGCUUUUGCAGCACGGAGCCAACCCAAACGUAGCCAGCUACGCCUGCCAGCUGCCCAUCCACAGAGCUGCGUAUGAAGGACACAUACUAGUCCUCAGAACUCUCAUCCCCAUCACCACAAAGCGAGCCAUCCGUCUCUCGGGCCAGAAUCCCGUUCACUCUGCGGCUGACGGAGGACAGGUCGAAUGUCUGAAGCUGCUCAUCCAGAAAGGUUUCGAUGUCAACGCCCUGCUAGAUACACACAUCUCUGAGAACUAUGGGGAUCUAAGGAAGUCUCCUCUUUACUUUGCUGUUUGCAAUGGUGACGUGACCUGCGCUGAGAUGUUACUGGCAGCCGGAGCGAGAACUGACCUGGACCCACUACGAUGCAUCUUGGUCGCUAUAAGGGCUGAGAGGUAUGAGCUGGUGCAGCUGUUGCUGUCGUAUGGAGCAGAGGUCAACUGUUAUUUCCGAGUGAUAAGCAACACGAUGUUCCCCACAGCCCUGCAGUACUGCCUCGGAGACAACGUCAUGCUGCGACUGCUGCUCAACAGCGGAUAUCAAGCUCAUAAGUGUUUUCAGUGCUGCCAUGGCAACAGUGAAGAAAUGGACAGUACCUGGGCUGACCUCCACCACCAAGCAUACAGGAUUUACAGUCAACCCAAGACCAUCUCAUUCUGCGAGUUUGUGUCGGUGUCGUGGCUCGCACAUCUGGUGGGAAGCGUUGUGAGGAUGCUUCUGGACUACGUCAGCCACGUCAGCAUCUGUUCUCACCUCCAAAGAAUCUUGGAGAGGAGGCCGGAGUGGGAUGAGAUCUCUGACAUACUCAGUAAACCUCGGUCUCUGCAGCACUUGUGUCGCCUGGUGAUCAGAAGUCGAAUGAGCUUGAGGACGCUGAACGACCGCGAAGCCAUGGCUGCUUUUCCUUUUCCUCCUCGACUGACAAACUUCCUGACUUACAGAGAGUACGACGUGUACGGUGAACUGUCGUCUACGUGAAACACAUUUUAUUCAUCCCUGUGACUGAAACACUCGUUAUAUAACAGCACUAAUCUAAUUAAGCCAGCCCUCAGUACUUAGUUUACACUGACAGCACAUUUCAUCUCCCGUUUCUCGAACUGAUUUUACGCCAUCUGGACAAAAACGGUGACAACUCUGUGUUGCUGCGUGGCCUCUGCCCUCUUUCUGUAUGCGUCUAUUUAUAUUGCCAACUGCACUGCAAACUCGCAAAAGUACCAUGAACACAAAUGCCAAUCAAGCACAGUGUGUACAGACUCAUAUAGCCUUCAGAGGAGGACAAAUUCUGCAGAUGAAGUGGAUAAAAACAACAAUCGUGUUCUCGUUUUCUGCUGUCUUUAAGUGUGCAGGUUGUGGAUAGUCAAUAUCAGGUUUGAAAAUGACAAAAUAUUGUUACUUCAAUACAGCAGAACUUUUUUUAGAAUGUUUUAUUAUUUUGUAAUAAACAGUGCUAUUUUAGAAAAUGUUCAAAUUAUGCAACCAGUAUGUAACGGGCUUAACGAUUGAGGUUUAAAUGACCAAAGCAGCAAUUUAGUGUGUUUUUGUUCUGUAGGUGUGUUUGUACAACACACUGUCUAAAGACAACCGACUUUACCAUAGAAACUCUGUGAUGCUUAUGCUGUGACGGCUUUUUUUUUUUUUACUUCCUUUAAAACCUGGUUUAUUAUUACUGAACAUGAAAUCUGUGAUAGCUGGUCAAUAUGGGAAACUGUGUCCCAUGAAGAAAGGUUACUUAAACACAAUAAAAUGACAAUACAUUAGAAAAUAUUCAUGAAAUAAAUGUUGCUUAGUUGCACUAUUUGCCUUGCAAGUCUGUCAGAUUUAUUAAAAGUAGUUUUUAAAUUGC